AUCUUACGUUACAAGAUUGUGGGCAGCAAUAUCCUGACAUUGGUACAAAAUUAGAUGAUUUUAGAACUAGCCGUGAGGAACUCGAAAAUAGACGUAAGGCACUUCAGGAAGAGCUCGAAGAGGUCGAACGUAAACUAAUAAAUAAUAGCACGAAGAUGCAAGAGGUUGAAUAUGAGAGAGGUAGGGUCGAAGGAAUUGAGAAUCAAAGGGCACUGCUGCUUCAAAACAGAAAGAAUGCUGACGAAGUGUUAAAGACAUUGAUGGAUAAAGUUGAUAAAUCGACCAAACCUAACCAAGAAGAAACAGUUAAAUCAUCAAGUAAAUCAGUUGAUAAGAAUGCAAAUGGAAAGCGAAAUGUACCUACUGAAAUAAUGUCUCCGGAAACGCUCCUUAAAAAGACUAAGCUUUCUUCGAGUGUUCCUUCCGAAGAAAUGGACCAAUUGAGACAAAGACUAGAAAACGUUAGUAGAGAGCAUCAAGAAAUCCGACAAAACAUUGUGACCUUAAGCACUCGGAAGGUAGGUGCCACACCUAAUCCUUCCGAUUACACAACCACUACUUUAGCAGAAAUGGACCCCGUGCCUGAGGGCAUUUCAGCGCACUCUGUUGGAAAGAUUCAUAUUGUUGAUGGUGGUGACACGGUUGACGAAAAUGUUUACGCAGUCACAAGCGCCACAACUGACCACCUGUCCGAGACAUCUACCAGCAACAUCAAUAAUAAUGCUGCCAUCAAUAACAGUACUUCUAGAGCCUAUGAAAAACAUACACCAGUUGUGUGGAGCGAUUCCGAUGAUAAUCUUGCUUCCGAAGCGGAUGAAGAUCCUUUUGAAUCCUAUCGUUCUAUCAGAUUGUGCAAAAAUUCGAAGCAAAAAUCACAUUCGCUUACAUAUAGCAACAAGAUUCAUCCUGAUCGCAA